AGGCUAGCUGCCUGCUUUUAUUUAUACGCCAUCUAUGGGCGCUUGCAUCAGUUGAUUGCCCCUGCAGCGAGUGACCUCACCUCUGCGCUCCUCUCCCUUCCGUCCUCGCUCCCAUCCAGAUCGUCUUUACGAUCACGACACCCCAAGCACCAGCGGCAAAGGCCGUCGCCGCCGCAAGCCAAAAGGAGUGUGCUCCUCCUCGAGCACUCUAUCCCUCACAUCACAACUAGGAGUAGAAACCAUCCCCAUUUCCAAUUCCGGGCCAUCUCGUUCCUCCCGGAGCGAAUGAAGAGGCAGAUCAAGAGGCCGACACGCACCAAAGAAUCGCCUGAACCAGGGGAGAAGCUGGCGUUCGCUGAGGAGAAGGAGAACAUGAUGGAGCCGUACAUGGAGAACGACGACGCCGAGGCGGAGGAGGCGGAGUACGACGACGAGGACGAGCGCGCGGGGGCGCUGUCGUCGUGCGGGCUGGGCGGGAAGAAGCGGCGGCUGGCGCUGGAGCAGGUGCGCGCGCUGGAGCGCAGCUUCGAGACGGACAACAAGCUGGACCCGGAGCGCAAGGCCCGCAUCGCGCGCGACCUCGCCCUGCACCCGCGCCAGGUCGCCGUCUGGUUCCAGAACCGCCGCGCCCGCUGGAAGACCAAGCAGCUGGAGCGCGACUUCAACGCGCUCCGCGCCCGCCACGACGCGCUCCGCUCCGACUGCGACGCGCUGCGCCGCGACAAGGACGCGCUCGCCGCCGAGAUACAGGAGCUGCGGGAGAGGCUGUCCGUCCCGGACAGGGCGGCGGUGAAGGCGGAGGCCGCCGGCAAUGCGGGGGACGCCGGGGAGGAGGACCGCCUGCAGCAGCAGGCGGCGGCGGUGAUGGGUGGCGGGGCGGUCUUCAAGGACGGCUCCUCCGACAGCGACUCGAGCGCCGUGUUGAACGACGAGGCGUCGCCCUACUCCAGCAACGCGGUCUUCGACCACCCUGGCUUCAUGGGCUUCGGCGCGUCCUUCCUGGACUCGGCGGCGGCCGCCACCACGGGCUGCUCGUCUCUGCUGCCCAUGCUGGACACCAAGUGGCACGGGGCGUACUCGUACGACGCGGGCAAGACCGGCGGCUACGGCCUCACGGAGGAGUGGCUCGCUGGCCCGGACGCGAUCGCCAGCGACGGCGGCGCCGGCUUCUUCUCCGAGGAGCACGUCUCCAACCUCAACUUCGGCUGGUGCGGCAGUGGCGCCGAGGGUUUUGAUCUCCACGGUUACUGUAAAAAGUAAAAAAGACACUAUCGCUAUCCAUGCAGCGACAGACAGGCCGUACUACUCCCUUUUUACCGGCUGGCUAGCUUAGCUUAGCUAGCGGACAAGAAGCGCAAGGAGAGAUCAGCAAGAUGGAAUUUGACAAGGUGAACGCCACCAUUGAAGGAGGAAGUAAAUGUUAGUAUAACUACAAAAAUAACCGUCUCUAGAGGUUAAUCGAUCGAUGGUGUAAAGUUGCAAGGCAAGCAUCCGUCCCUACAUCCUCCUGGUCCUGCCACUGCUUGUCGAAACAUUUUGGCGUGUAUCACUUCGAUGAAACGAAGGCGGACUACAUGUGCACGAACGCAGCGAUUGGUCGACAGCAGGCAGGUUCAAACUUGGCACACGCUAUUCAGGAGUCAGGAGUCAGGAUUCAUGAUAGCCCAAGAAAUAAAACAUUUCUCGAAUGGAUUUGCUGUAGUUUGCUUCACCCAUGUACUGAAGGAACCGUAACCUGUUUUUCUCU